GGAAGCCCUAACCUCAUUCGUAUAACCUCAAAAUGUAUGCAUUCAAAAACACCACAAAACUACUCAAAAACCAAGCGAUUUUGCGUAAAUUUUCGACGGAAAAGUGUUACGAUGUUAUUGUUGUUGGUGGCGGACAUGCUGGCAGUGAAGCUUGUGCUGCAGCGGCUAGAAUGGGGGCCAAUACGCUAUUGGUAACACAUAAAAAGGAGACUGUUGGUGAAAUGUCAUGUAAUCCUUCUUUUGGUGGUAUUGGCAAGGGGCAUUUAAUGCGGGAAAUUGAUGCUUUAGAUGGAAUUUGUGGUCGAAUAUGUGAUAUGUCUGGAAUUCAGUAUAAAGUUUUAAAUCGAAGGAAAGGUCCUGCUGUGUGGGGUUAUAGGGCACAAAUAGACAGGGAUUUGUAUAAAUUGCAUAUACAAAAGGAAUUGUUUGUCAAUACCCCAAAUUUAGAUGUUUUGGUAGCCCCUGUUGAGGAUUUGAUUAUUGAAAAUCCUGUUACAAGUGUAAAUAAUCAAUCUAUAGUUGAUUGUGGUGGAAUUAUUUUGAAUGAUGGGACAAAAAUAAGGUCAAAAAGCGUUGUUAUAACCACAGGCACUUUUUUAAAGGGUCAAAUUAAUAUUGGUCUUAAAGUAUACCCAGCUGGAAGAAUAGGAGAUCAACCUGCAAUAGGUCUUGCCAAUACUUUAGAAUCUCUAAAUCUAAGAAUGAGCAGGCUUAAGACAGGUACGCCCCCUAGGUUAAAAGCUGACACUAUAAACUACAAAGUUUGUGAUACACAGAAAGGUGAUAAUCCACCCCAACCUUUUUCUUUUAUGAAUGAAAAGGUUUGGAUAAAGCCUGAAGAGCAGUUGGUUUGUUUUUUGACUAGAACAACAUCUGCAAUAGAAAAUAUUGUUAAAAAUAAUCUACAUGUUAAUAGACAUGUCAGUGAGGAAGUGAAUGGUCCCAGGUACUGUCCAAGCAUAGAAUCCAAAGUGUUAAAGUUCAGUGGUAGAUCCCACCAAAUCUGGUUGGAACCAGAAGGCCUCCACAGCAACGUUAUAUACCCUAAUGGUAUGUCUUGUACACUACCUGAAGAAUUACAAGUACAACUGGUUAGAACUGUACCUGGUUUGGAGAACGCCGAAAUAAUAAGACCAGGAUAUGGUGUGGAGUACGACUUUGUUGACCCUAGAGAGUUACAAAACACCUUAGAACUCAAAAAAGUCAAUAAUCUUUUUUUGGGUGGCCAAAUAAACGGCACCACUGGGUAUGAAGAGGCUGCCGCUCAAGGCAUUGUAGCUGGAAUAAACGCAGCUGCUAAGGCCCUUGACAAAAAUCCUUUAAUUAUAAGUAGAACUGAAGGUUACAUAGGCGUUUUAAUAGAUGAUUUGACAACUUUAGGAACAAAUGAACCUUAUAGAAUGUUUACCAGCAGGGCCGAGUUCCGUUUAACGUUAAGACCUGAUAACGCGGACCAAAGAUUAACAGAAAAAGGCUUUAAUAUUGGUUGUGUGUCCAAAACAAGACUCGAUAAAACGCUUAAAGUACGAGAUGAUUUAAAAAACGGCAUCAAUUUACUCAAAAACAUAAAAAAAUCCGUCCACCAAUGGAGAGAACUGUCGAAUCUGACGCCAUCUCGUAGCCAUCUACCGAAAUCCGCAUUCGACAUGAUAGACUUAUUUAACGAAGGCAUUUCGAUUGGAAACUUAUCCAAAGCGGCGCCAGAGUUAAAAAUCCUUACCGAAGAUCCAAACUUGGAAAAUCGGCUUCACAUUGAAGCUCUCUACGAGCACGCAGCUGCAGAACAGGCCGAGGAAGUCAAAGAAGUACGAAGAGACGAAAAAUUGGUUAUCCCGAGAAAUUUGGAUUACAAUUCGCAAUCUUUGAACUUGAGUUUCGAGGAGAGAGAGAAAUUGUUGACAAUCCAACCUCAAACUAUUGCAGCCGCCAGUAGAAUACCUGGAGUGACUCCUUCUUCAGUUUUUAGGCUUUUAAGAUACGUUAAACAAAGAAAUGAGGCUGUUUUGAGUUAAUUUUGUACAUUUUUUAAUUGUAAAUAUAUAUUUUUGAACCAAUU